UCAACGUGUUCAUCUUUCAGUUUAAUCCUGAUGGAAAAGCCAUGGAUUUAUUUAAUCCCUGCAAUCAAGAUCUGGCAGCCGUGUACAUUUCUGGGCUUGGAUCGGCCGUGGAUGGAGCCAGUGAGAUCAUUGUAACCAGCCCCGAGGACGCCUACAGUCUGUAUCUUUGUGGACGGGAACAGCUAGAAGACCAGAGUUACAGCACCCUAUAUAAGAUCACAGUGGAAAGAAGCAACAGAGGAGACAGCGAAAGGUCACUGUUUGUCCGCUCUGUGGUGAAGAUUUUUGAACUUAGUGAGAAGUCUUUACAGGCCAGUGAAAACAUUGGCACCUGGUCGCUGUUGAAUGUGAUAGAGAAAGCUGAUUUGGAACGGAAUGAGAGGCUACUGCCACUGCUUUUAAGAGAGGCCUUGGAGGGGAACAGUUUGACGGUUUUGUUGGCCUGCUUAAACGUUGAAGAGCUCUCUGGAAAGGAAAUCCUUUCGGCCCUUUCCGUUGCUGAUCGUGUCAGAGGACUGUCCAAAAAGGUUUCAGCAAAUCUCUGGGAUCCUGAGGAGAGUGUUCAGAAGUUGAGAGGGCAAAUUAAAAGUCAGCGAUCCAAGCUUCUGUCCGAUAACGCUUUGGAAGAGAGCGCAGUGAGGCAACUCGCAGAAGCGGUGAGGGAACUACAGAUGGUGAAAAAACAAAGUUGGAAUGAAAAGCGAGAGAUUUCCAAACAACUUGGAGAAAAGAAAAAGUGCCACCAUGAGGAAUGCCAGAACUGUCUGUGUAACACGGUAUCGGAAGGCAUAUCUGAGCCUAGAUAUGACCAGUCUCCACACCAGCGGCUCAUCCAUCUUAUUAACCAGAGCAGAAAACAACAACUUACUAAAGAUGGUGAAUUGGACGGAAAGGACAAAUGUUCAGGUGAGACGGACCUGAAACAAUCACGCCAGAACUGUCAUCUAACACAAGGAGACCAUGGAAAGCCCAGUGCCGGGGAUCCUUACACCCAACACACAGCACCUAAAAAGAGCGUAUUGUCGGCCUGCCUGGGGAUGGAGCUGGAAUUCUCCAUGGCACAAGCACGGAGGGAGUGGCUGAAGGAGCAGCACAGAGCCUUGAUCCAGAAAGAACAGCUUGGCCUGGAGGAAGACAAGCAGGCACAGGAGGUUUCCCGCCCGGAGCAGGAGGUGCAGCAGCUGAGAAGAGAGAAAUCGGUCCUGGUUUUGCAGCUGGAAGCUCUGAGGAGGGAAAGGAACGAGGCAGAGAAGGACCUGGAGUUACUGUGCCACUUUUACAAGGAAGAAGCACAUGCACACAAACAGCACAUCUUACAGAUAUUCCACGCUUACCGCGGAUUGCUAGAGGAACAGAUGGAUGCACAGGAACACCGCUACCGGAAACUCCUGGAGGAAACCAUUCAGGACAGCGUCCAACUCUCCGCUAGAAACCAGGAGCUGGAGGCGGAGAACAAGCAGCUACAGAACACGAUCACAGAACUAAGAAGAAAAGAUAUGAAGAAAUCCUAGACGCAACCUGUCUGCCAGGGUUCCAGGUGCAUGUAUUGCAGAGAGCACAGACCUGCAGAUCCAUGCUGCUGAGAUAUACUGGAGCAAUGAUUAUAAUGAUUCUGUCAAAUGUAUUUAUUUGUAUAAAAGUAUAAAGACACAACUGGAUCCUUGUGCAGGAAACUUUAUUUCUACAAAUUGUUAAAGUAACUAUUAAGUAAAUACACGGCUGCAUUGUAGACUUCUUAUUUUUCUAAAGGCCCAUACACACUUGCCGAUAAAAUGAGCGACGUCGCUCAUU